CAGCACUGUUAUUCCAAAGGCAGUAUGGCGUUUUAUAGCACAUUUUCUUAAUUAAAAACAAAUCAAACGCGAAAUGCUGCUAAAUCUGUAAAUAAUAAACUUGAAUCUCGUAUUUAUAAGUGAAAAAGUAAACUAUAGUGAAAUUAUGUUUCUGCCCGAAACAGCCACCUUUUGUAUUACACUUUUGGUGUAUGGAGCCAUUCUGCUGCUCCUGAUUUACUAUGUUCUUACACUUGCGGAUCUGGAGUGCGACUAUCUUAACGCCCAGGAGUGUUGCCGGCGCCUCAAUUUUUGGGUCAUACCUAAAUUCGGAUCCCAUGCCCUGCUCUGCGUUCUCCUGCUCCUUGGAGGCCACUGGGUAAUGUUUCUGCUGAACCUGCCUAUGGUCAUUUGGCUCUUCUACGAGCUCCAUCGCCAGCGACGCGAUAGUCUGGGAGUCUACGAUCCUGUGGAUAUCCACAGUCGGGGUCUCUUAAAGGUCCAUUUAAGGAAUUGCAUGAUCUACCUGGGCUACUACUUCGUCAUGUUCUUCGUAGGGCUUUACUGCCUUAUUUCAUCACUGAUCAAAGGUGACCCUAUUAAGCGGUACGAAGACGACGAAAUAAUCACGGAUUUCUGAAGUUUAGCCAAAUAAGCCUGCACCAAGAGGGCUUCCAGCGUAUUUCUUCACACCUAUACAAACUAAUAAUCCUGAUUUUGGUUUUAUUCCGCCUGGUUUUAUCGGAAGCAGAAACUACAACAAAGACUAAAUUUAACAAACAAGUUUCCUCAAAAAAUUUCGCAGAAUUUGAUAGAAGUUCAUUGCAAUUUAUUGCACUGCAAUGUACUCAUUUUAUUGACAUCGCAUUAAGAGUACAUCACGACACAUUUCCAAACCCAACCUAGUCGCACUUCAUCUCCACUUUAUUUAUUUCAUCUUUAGUAAUAUAAGCGUAUUCGAAUAGAAAUCACAAAAUACAUAACCACACACAGUAA